AUGGGGGAGUGCGGGGUUCCCCCGCAAGUCCAACUCUUCCUCCGCGCCUGCGAGCAGGGCGACUGCGAGACCGCCCGACGCCUCUUGGGGAUGCCCGGCGGCGGCCCCGCCGACCCGGCAGCCCCCUCCUCCUCCUCGUGCGGUCCCGAGGAGACGGCGGCGGAGCCCCGCGGCGAAGCGUCGUCCCCGCCGACCCCCGCCGUGCCCGUGGACUGCACGGACGAGGCCGGCAACACGGGGUUGCAGUUCGCCGCGGCGGGGGGCCACGAGCAGCUGGUGCGGUUCCUGCUGCGGAAGGGCGCCUCGGUGCAGAGCAGCAACCACUACGGAUGGAGCCCCCUCAUGCAAGCGGCCAGGUUUGGACAUCUGAGUGUGGCCCACAUCUUGCUGGAGAAUGGUGCUGAUCUCAAUGCACAGAACAAGUUAGGAGCCAGUGUCCUUACAAUGGCCUCCAGAGGCGGUCACGUCAGCAUGGUGAAAUUGUUGCUGGAAUCUGGAGCAUUUGUGGACAAUUAUGACCAUUUUAGCUCAAAUGUACUUAGCAGCAGCAGAGACGACCUUCCCGAUAUCACUCCACUGAUGGCAGCUGCUCAGCAUGGACAUGAGGCAGUGGUACAUCUCUUGCUAGACUGGGGAGCUGAUUGUAACUACUCUCUAAAGAUGAUGGGCUGGAGUCCUUUAAUGCUGGCAGCUGUUAGUGGAAAGGUGAGCCUGGCACAGCAGCUCGUGGAGAAAGGUGCCAAUCCUGAUCACUUGAAUGUACUACAUAAAACACCUUUUGAAAUCUCUGUUGGCUUCAAACACAAAGACAUGAAGGACUAUUUGGAAUCUCUCACAACGAUCAGGCCUCAGGCAGAUGCAGAAAAGAGGCAACCUGAUGUCUUUCAUGCUUUGAAACUGGGAAACUUUCAGCUGGUUAAAGAGAUCAUUGAUGAAGAUCUGAGUCAGGUUAAUAUUACCAAUGUUGACGGUGCAUCUCCUUUAAUGAUUGCGGCUGUAACUGGACAGCUGCCCCUUGUUCAGCUCCUUGUUGAGAAGAAGGCUGAUAUUGAUAAGCAGGAUAAUGUUCAUGGCUGGACAGCACUAAUGCAGGCCACGUACCAUGGAAACAAAAAUGUUGUAAAGUAUUUGUUAAAUCAAGGUGCGGAUGUCAACCUUCGUGCAAGAAAUGGAUACACAGCUUUUGACCUGAUAAUGCUGCUGAAUGAUCCAGACACAGAGCUUGUAAGGUUACUGGCAUCAGCAUGCAUGCAAGUAGAUAAAGACAAGAAUAAACUGAACAACAGAUCAUCUCUGCCUUGUUCCAGAAGCAGGCAAUCCUUAAAUAUCCCAAUGUUGCCAGAUGACAAAGGAGGCCUAAAGUCCUGGUGGAGCAGGAUGUCCAAUCGAUUCCGCAAGCUGAAGUUGACUCAGACGUUGCGCCAUGGAUUUCCUUCUAAUCAGUUUGUGCCUUUUCCGGAUGAGACCGAGCCGUCAUUAAAUUCCACUAUAAAAGUAGCCUCACAGAGUGAUACAGACACCUCUGGAAACCUUGAUGCUGCUACAGCUUGGAACACAAAUAACAAAGCUAGUGGUGCAAACACUGCAAAAGGAGAAAAGGAUGAUGAAUUAUUGACAACUAUGCUGAGGAGUAGUGCUCCAUUUACCAGGCUGCCCAGUGAUAAGCUGAAAGCGGUGAUACCGCCUUUCUUACCACCCUCAAGCUUUGAGCUUUGGAGUUCUGACCGAACCCGACUCAGCAAGGAAGGCAAAGCUGAGCAGAUGAGAACUGCCUGGCCACAGAGAGCAAUCAAGCAUGAUUUUAACAGCAGUGGGAACUCGGAUAUAACGUCUGUUAGCAAAGGUACUAGACCAGUCAAAUUACCAGCAUUUGCAAGAAGACCAGCAUCUCCGUCAAAUUCCAACAACUUCAACCAUUCUCCCCAUUCUUCUGGUGGAUCCAAUAACAUUGCAGGAAUUAACAGGCAUGGAGGAGAACUGCAUAACAGAUCAGGUGGCAGUGCAGAUAAUGUUUUGUCUCAGAUUGCAGCCCAAAGAAGAAAAGCAGCAGGCUUACCCGAACAGAAGCCCAGCCAACAGCACAGUCCAGUCCAGUCAACUCCUUCAUCUACUGUGUCUGAUUUGCAGUGUGCUCAGAUUGUUGGCAAUGGACAUGUGGUAAAGCAAAAACUGGAGAUGAACAAGAGACCUCCAUCUGGGACUUCAUCUACGUCUAAAAGCACAUCGCCAACUCUCACACCUUCUCCAUCACCUUCCCCAUCUCCUAAGGUUCAAAAUGCAGAAUCUUCUGUCUCUUCUUCUCACAGACAUGCCAAGAGCAAUGGCUCCAGCAGUGGUACUAUUACAGAGGAUGGCAACCACUUGGUGGACCAUCAACAGCUUGGCCCUGUUCUGAGAGCCAGCGAUGUAGAGAAUCAAGAAAAACGAAACCAUGUGAGAGUAAAAGAAGGCUCUGAAAACUUGGAGAAAGAUGAGCUGACUGGCAUCCUUAAAAAAUUGUCGCUUGAGAAAUAUCAACCUAUAUUUGAGGAACAGGAGGUGGAUAUGGAAGCUUUCCUCACACUUACUGAUGGUGAUCUGAAAGAGCUGGGUAUUAAAACAGAUGGAUCAAGGCAGCAAAUUUUGGCAGCUAUUUCUGAACUGAAUGCAGGAAAGGGUCGAGAGAGACAGAUUUUACAAGAAACUAUACACAACUUCCACUCUUCCUUUGAGAGUAGUGUCAGUAACACACGACCGCCAGGUCAUUCCCAAUCUCCUGGCUGCUCUUUAAAAGCACAAGAAGUUGUUUCUUCUAAAAGGUAGCUACUGGAACCAAAGUGGUUUUGGUUUUUUGUUUUUUGUUUUUUUUUUUUUAACGGUGAAGUUUGGAAUCUAAGUAAAUCCAUACAAAUGAAAAUUUAAAAAGUUAGUCCUGACUACACUGACAUAGGAUUUUUUGCAGUAACGUGCUUAAAAUGCAAAACCCACAGAAAGUCAAAGAAAAUAAUAAAGAGGUUGCUUCUAUAGUUCAGCCUAAGUGUUGAAUUGGUCAAGGCAUCAGUGGUCUGGGUUUAAGAAGAGCAAAGUCAGAAGAGCAAGAAGAAUGGGUGAACAUGCAAGAAGAGGGAUGUUUCAUUCCACUCUUAGCCAUAGAUGAUGAACCCAUGGGAGUCCUACAUGGGCACAGUCAAGAGCAGCAAAAGCACAGAAGACAAGAAGGCCACCACAAAUUGUGAGACCUUUUAAUGGGAAAUACAUGAGCUGAAUAUGCCUCUAUUGAUUGAAUACAGAUAAAGGAGUCCAGACUGAAAAUGUAAUGAUUUCAUGGGAAAAAAUAGAAAGAAGUAAUGCUGCAUUCUUCAGUAACCAAAAUAUACUUUAUCUAUUCAAUAUUAUGAGGUUAGAACAGCAGUAAAAGUAAAAACAAAGUACCUAUUUGUAAAAAGAGCACUUUAUUUGAGGAAAUGCAUAAUCUGUCACCAGUAUUUAAACAGAAAGAAUGUUAAAAUAUUUUAUAUUGCUGACCUUUUUUUGAGAAUAAAACCAUUUAUGUGAC